UUGGGUCAGAGAGGAUUCUACCCUGUAUCGCUGCGGGAGAAGGAAUGGAUUCAUGGGAGGUUCCGUCACCAGCGCUCAGCCAAUCGCUGACUGCUGUGACGGACAGUGUGAGUGUAGCGGCUACCUCGGGGGGCGAUGAUGGCGUUGAGGGGUAUGGAGACCUGAUUGAGCUCAACCCUGACGAUAUGUAUGACAGCGAUGAGGAGGAUGGAAGGAACCAGCAGUCGCAAUUACAUUCUGAGAAGGAGCAGCAGCAGAGCAUUACAGCCACAGCCACAGCGGCAACAAAUAAGCGUCGUCGAGGCAAUUACAGAUGCAGGCGCUGCGGGCAGCCUAAGAAAGGGCAUGUGUGCCCAUAUGAGGACAUGGAUGUGUUUGAAGGGGAAGAUCCUCUUGUGCAUGAGGUCGGCGCUCAAGCGAUUGGCACUGUCUCAUCCUCAUCCCCUGUUAAACGUGCAGCCUCGUCUGUGCUCCCUCACUUGCACAUGGUGGACAAGGUCAGCCGACAGGCCCUUCACUUAGGAAAGGUUCUUCCCCCUCCCCUUUCUGUACAUGGCACUGGCAAUGGGGUUAUCUUGACCCCUCAACACCUUCAUGAUCGUGGAACGCCUUCGGCAGCGGGUCGAUCGAGGCUGCACAUGGGCAGGCUAGUGCCGUUUUCGCUCUUCCCUUCACGCGGCACUGUCGCUUGCGAGAUGUCCCACUCCACCAAGCCUGUGAGAAAAAACUUGUCAUCCACUUGUCCCCGGAGUCGAUCUGCUUCUGCCCCAAUUGGUCCCAAGCUUGACCGUCGAAACAGCGAUGGCAGCAUGACAGGCAGAGCAACUUUUUGUGAGGAGGACCCGGCUGAGUUUGAUGUACCAAAUAAUGCAUGCACGGAAGAUGAGCACAACGGCAUGCAUGUGGCUCAAUGGCAAGGCAGGGCUUUUGCAGGGGGCCCUCAUCAGACCCGUCGAAUGACUGGUCCUUUUUUUGUCGGGCGGGGAGGAGCAUCUCUCCGUACUGUUUGUAGGGGUAGUUAUGAAAGAGACGAGAGGGUACUGCUUGCAGGAGGAGGGGUUGACAGGGAACCUUACAGGAACAGGAAAAGGAAAAUCUUGGAAGUUAACGAGGACGAUGACGAGGAUGAGGAUGAGGAUGAUGGGGCUGGCUGGAGUGAUGAGGCUACCUUGGCCCCAUCAUAUGCUUAUCAGCCAUUCAUUGUCCAUGGACCUCCACGUGCUAAGAAGAAGGUGGUGAGGAGGAGACAUCCAUCAUCUGUGGUGUCUUCCCCGAGCGGUGAAGCGGAUGGCUUGGCGGGCGCUCUAGCCGACGAGCUUGAGGCACCUUUUGGAUCACCAGUGUUAUCGACCCGAGGAGAGAUGUCGGCUCCAUCUGUGGGAAACAGCUCUUUGAGCGGGUCUGAGGUCCCCAGCUCCUCCAGGCCCGGCGUUGCUCCCAGGUCGGCGUUGGGAAGCGCGUGCAAUCCGGAUGAGCGGCAGAGUCAAGAUGUGUGUAUGCUGCACAUCCUCUCUAAGCUUGCACCGCAAGACCUUCUUGCGGCCAGUGCCUGCUGCCGGAGAUGGCGCCGGCUUGCUGCGGAAAUCUGGUCCAACGUGGAAGAAAUGUGCUUUCUAUUGGGAGACAGAAAACCCCCCUUAAUAUAUGUGCCCUUUAUGCUCCGGAAAUGCCCGCACUUGAUACGAACCACUCUAAAGGUGCUCAAACCCAUUGAUGAUGAACUUCUGCAGAAGAUCAGCGAGCUCCGACCAUCUUUUCAAUCGCUUGUCAUCCAGGUAGCCCCUGAUGUUGAAUGCCAGGUCACUGGGAGCGGGAUCUCCUCAUUUCUAUCUUCGUGUCAAUCCCUACAGAAACUUGAGGUGGAGAGGUGCUCUCUCCUUACGUCCCUUGCAGCUACCAGCAGUAGCUUGCGAUCGCUGUCACUGUCAUCCUGUAGUGAGUUGGCUAGUCUGCAGCUAGACUGUCCAUGCUUGGAGGAGCUCUGUCUGGAUCUUCUUAGGCCUGACUCUCCAAGGUCAGUGAGGCGAGCCUCAUCAGCGAUGCUACUGUCAUCCAGCGACCAAGAAGGCGAGGAAACGAGAGUGCACAACUUGAUUAGUCACAUCUCCUCGCAUCGGCAGUCGCUGGUUUCUCUGCGUAUAUCGUCUUCGGCUCUGACUGAUCCUCUACUGAAAGAGCUUUUCAGUGCGCAGUGGAACUGCUUGCAAACGCUCUCUUUCACAUUCGCUCCAUCCAUAACUGACGCGUCCGUGAAACACAUCGCUAAACAGUGCAGGCACCUGACGUCCAUCGACCUUAGUGGCUGCAGAAGUUUGACAGACAUGGCUCUUUUCCACCUAAGCUCUGGGGCUGUGCCAACUCUGCAGCGAGUACAAGUGGCCGGAUGCCCUCAAAUAUCCACCGUUGCAAUCGAGAAGCUAGUCGCAUGUCUUCCGGAGUUACAACUGCUGGACUGCAGUGGCUCACUCGUGAUUCGCUCCCGCGUUUCAGAGGCACAAGAAUCGCAGGAUACUGAGAGCACAACACAGCGAAGAAUGUUGCAAGGCCCUACCUCCCCCGGAAGCCAUGCAGGAAAGGAAGACAGCAUUGGAUCCGCUGAAACGCGAGAGAGUGCGGUUGAGAAGGAGAAUUCUAUCGAGAACUGGCUGAGGUCUGCCAAUGGCAGCAGUGAGGGUGGCGUUGGCGGCCAGCACACCGAGAGUGGAGUUCUGAGACUGCAGCACCCAAAAGUAGUCCAUGUCAGCUUAUGGGGAUGCACUGCCAUCCAAGGGAUAGAAGUAGACUGUCCACAGCUGGAGGAUCUGAACAUGAACAGCUGCUGCAAUCUGUCCCCAGCACGCAUCUUUCUGCACUGCCCGCAAUUGCAAAGAUUACACGUGGCAAGAUGUCUACCUGAUGUCGUUAGACAUCUCCGUCAACAACAAGAUUUCUUCCGACGACGACUCGAUGUGAGAUAGUACCAUGCAACACUAGAUCCGUCAGACCUGGAGACUUCGCAAAGGGGAGUCCACUCGCAAACGCUUUCUUGCUUCUUUCACUUUCAAAUUUCAGUUUUGGUUCCGGUUGUGGCUCUCUCAGUGCCACAGAAAUCAUCAGCUAAUACAUGAUAAAAUCGUUUAUCAUUA